AAAGUAGUGCUCAUUCUCAAAUAAGCCAGUGUUCAUUCUCAAGUAAAGUUUUUCAAUCGUUUCACAUUUGAAAAAUAUAGUGUAAUUAAUCUUACCAUCAUCAUCCUCUACAUAACAUCUCAAUGCAUCUCCAUCCCACUUAGGUUUGUUGCAGGCGUCUUCAUAGCUUCUUCGAUUUCGUCAGAUCGGGAAAGGUAGGGCAGCCCAAUUUAGUCGGAUCUCUCCUUCCUCCCAAAAUCGUGCGGACUACUCAUAGCAAAUUUUAGAUCGGAUCUCUGCUCCCUAAUCGUCAUCAUCUUCUUCUUCUUCCACGAUCCACACCGGAUGCUCCAAGAAUUGCUCUCCAAACUACCCCACAGCCCCACAGGCCCCAACCCACCUGCCUCCACAGCACUCAUCUCCGUGUCUUCAAUCUCAAUCUCACACACGUUUAGCAGUCAAAGGGGUUGGUGUUGCUUGGCAUCAUGAAGCUUUAUGCUACCACCCCUUCAUUCCUGGGCCUCCUCAGAAACCCAAAAUCCCCACUAUAACAUUUUACUCCGUAUUAUGUAAACCCCAACUUUGAACGACUAAUAUCUGGUGUUGGUGGGAACGAAUAUUUGCCUUUUUCUUGUCUGAUUUCACUUUUGACCCGAAAAGAUUGCAUCUUUGGCUGAAAUUUGACUGGCUGAGUUAUUGGGUCACUAUGGAGGGGGAGAGUUGUGGUGAUGGUUCCAACUCAAAGAUGGAAGAUUAUGAGUUGCUGGGACAGAUUGGGAAAGGGGUUCAUGGAUCAACGUUCCUUCUUCUUCAUCGAGCUGAAAAUAGGAAGUAUGCUCUAAAGAAGAUUCCAUUGGCAAAACAGACUGAGAUGCUCAAGCGGGCGGCAUAUCAAGAGAUGAAUUUGAAUGUGAAACUAAGACACCCAUACAUUAUGGAGUACAAAGAUGCUUGGGUGGAAAAGGGAAGCUAUAUAUGUAUCAUAACCAACUACUACGAAGGCGGAGAUAUGGCGGAGAUUUUAAAAAAAUCCAGAGGAGCGUUGUUCUCGGAAGAGAAACUCUGCAAAUGGUUGACUCAAAUGUUAUUGGCUCUGGAUUAUCUGCAUUCCAAUAGAGUCCUUCAUAGAGAUCUGAAGUUGUCCAACAUUUUCAUCACAAAGGAAAAUGAUGUCCGUCUUGGUGAUUUUGGAUUUGCGAAACUUGUGGACGCAAAAGGUGUCACUUCCUCGGUCGUUGGCACUCCGAACUACAUAUGCCCUGAGCUCCUCUCUGAAAUGCCAUAUGGCUACAAAUCUGAUAUUUGGUCCCUUGGUUGUUGCAUGUUUGAGAUUGCUGGGCAUCAACCGCCUUUCAGAGCACCCGACAUGGCCACUCUCAUCAACAAGAUAAAUAGGGGCACUUUAUCUCCACUUCCUGUUGUGUACUCGUCCACCUUGAAACAGAUCAUAAAAACCAUGCUAAGGAAGAGCCCAGAACACAGACCAACAGCAGCAGAGUUAUUGAGGCAUCAGCAUUUGCAAGCCCACCUUCUUAGAUGUCAAAACCUCCCCUCUGUGUUUCUCCCUGUGAAGUCUCCCAACAGUGCCAAGGAGAAGACAGGCGGAAAGCCUUCUCCCAGCAACUCUAGCAGCAGCAGACAGAGACGGCAACACUUGAAGGACAGCAUUCCUAUUUUUUCACUCAAUCAAAGCCCAGAGACCCAACCAAGCAGCACCUCUCAAAAGAAGGGUGAUCUCGUCAUUGAAGCCGAACUUGAGACCAAGAGGGUUGACCGGAAAAGCUGUUCUCCGAAAAUAUCUGAAUAUAGCGACGAAGAAAGCUUGAGCACUCCAAUGUCUUCUUCUGCUUCAGUCCUCCCAAACUCAAACCGGGAAGCGGCUAAUGAAACGCCUGUACAGAAAGAAGAGAGGCAAGAAGAAGAUGGAGAAAGAGAAUGUGAUGAGAAGACACGGAGGAGGAACUCGUUGCUGAGUAAGCUUACAGCACUGGCAGAGAGCAAAGACGAGUGGGGUAAUCCGACUAAACAAAGAGCAGAUGCUUUGGAGUCUCUGCUUGAGCUCUGUGCCCAGCUGAUCAAACAGGAAAAGUUCGACGAGCUUUAUGGCGUGCUUAAACCGUUUGGAGAAGACGCGGUCUCGUCCAGGGAAACGGCUAUCUGGUUGACCAAAACCCUCAUGACCUCUCAAAAGCUUCCCAAGGGGUCCUGAUUUUGUCAUAUCAUGCUUUGGCAUAUAUAAAUUUGUUUCUGGAGAGUUUUGUUUUUUGUUCUCAUUUGAAAUUACACUGAAUGAUUGGAUUCAUGGGGGUACUGGUAUGCUAGCAUCUUUUUGUUUUUUAUGGGUUUAGGGGGAAAUGUAAUAUUGUAAUGUAAAUUAGCAUGACUUAAUACAUGUAUGGACUAAGGCUUGAUGAUGAACACUGUUUAGUUUGCAUCAUGUUUUCUACUCCCUUCGUUCUCAAAAACACUUCCUCUUUCAUUUUUUCCACUUCCAACAAAAUACUUCCCCUUUC